CAGCCCGGGCCCCGUAAAGAGUCACUUAUCCGGGUGUGAAGAUGGUGUGCAGUUACCAGAAGAGUUGACAAAAGUCUGCACUGUCCAUACAGAGUCCUCCCACCUAAACCCAGCUACGCCUGCCUCUCUCACUCAGUCUCUCACUUGCUCUCUGUGUUCUUUCAUUAACGUGAGCAGAAGAGUCCGGCCAGGAACCAUGGGCAUCUGCAGCAAUUACAGCGGUUUAUCUCCGCUCGUCUUCAUUGGCGCUCUGGCCAUCUGCAUGGCUUUUUUGCAGUCAGAAACAGUUGCUGAUUCCUCCCCUACACUGCAGAAUGAUAAUCAGGACACACUAUCUGGCGCUGGAGGCUACGAUGUGACAACAAAAGUCCCUUUCCAAGACCUCACAGAAAAAGCCUUCACCUUCGAUUAUGAGGAUGGUACACUCUCAAUAACUCUGGAUGAGGAGGAAGUUGUGCUGGGGCCAGGUGCUAUCACAGCUAUCGUCAUCGCCGUGUUCCUCGGAGCCUCUGUUCUUCUCGCUCUCAUUGUUAUCACGCUCAGAAAGUUCACUGCCUCUUAAGAAGGGACAUUUAUGUUCUCAUUUCCUCCCUUUCUCAAUCCCAUCUCUUCUUUUUACUCUCCUCUGAACUGUAUUUUUAGUGUCUCACUGGUGGCAGGUCCUUCAUGAAAUGGAUGAUCUUUACUGAGGCCUGUUUUGUGAUUUCUUUCUGCUAUAAAACUCAAGACAGAGAAAACCAGGCUAAGGCUGAACAAAAGGGUAACUGCGAUCAAGAGACAUUUUGGUUGCAUUUGUUCGGUGACCAUAUAAUCAUUGUUGAUAUCCUCUUGUAAUAAGGUUUAGAAUGAAAUAUUUAAAGAAGGUAGAAUUAUUAUAUUAAAGUCACAUUUUAAGAUAUAGUUUAAUACCAUCCAUGCGCAACUAGUUUUAUUUUGUUUCAUGCUGUAUUCUAAAGUAUACUAAGUUCCAAAUGUUCUUGUCAUUCUAGCUGAUUUGUGUAAAAUGAUCAUGUCCUUUAGCUUAAAAGAUAAAGUGUGUGU